AUGGCGACAGAAAAUUCAACAGUAACUGACAAACAACCAAAAUCAUUUGAAGAACUGAUAUGUUCCCCAUCAUUGGCAGAUGGCUUAAAAAAACACGCAUCUUAUCUUUCAACAGUCAACUUUCUCCUUUCCCUCACGGCAUUUCUUGGGAAUUCUCUUAUCCUUGUUGCCCUUCAUAAGGAAUCUUCCCUUCAUCCGCCAUCCAAACUCUUGUAUCGCUGUCUGGCAACAACUGAUCUUUUGAUUGGACUUGCUACACAGUCACUCUAUACCAUUCAUUGGAUUUCUUUAGUUCGCGAAGAUUGGAUCCUCUGCCGAUUUGCUUUCGAUACAGCCUUUAUAUUAGGCUAUCAAUUAGGUAUAGUAUCUUUGUUGACGUUGGCGGCCAUUGGCGUGGACAGACUUCUCGCGCUGUUGUUGGGGCUACGAUACAGACAAACUGUAACUUUAAAGCGCAUGUAUAUCGUCGUAGCCACCUUGUGGGUUGUUUCUGGUGUCGGUGCUUUACUAUUCAUUCUAGAUUAUCGUCUAUCGUUUUGGUAUAGUUGUGCGGUUAUAAUAUCAUGUUUGAUUAUCUCAUUCGCUUCCUACACGAAGAUUUUCUAUAGUCUUUGUCAUCGUCGCAUUCAAAGGCGAGAUCGUGUUCAACAACAACCGAGGGCACCAAAUGCACUGAACAUCGCACGAUACAAAAAGGCCGUGUACAGUGCACUGUGGGUGCAGUUAGCAUUAGUUAUUUGUUAUGUCCCAUAUAUUGUAGUGGCAAUUUUAAUAGCUUCAAGUGAAACCUAUUCGUCACAAUUAAUCGUCAGUUCGCGAAUAGUGCUUGUUUUCUUCUUCUUUAAUUCGUCUUUAAACCCAUUUCUUUAUUGCUGGAAGAUUAGCGAAGUAAGGCAAGCAGUAAUAGAAACAAUUAGACAAGCACUUUGCUGUCCAUGCAGUUGA